ACAAUUUUUCAUGCAAUUUUCCUUUCAAUCAAACGCGCAAGUGAAUUUGGGUCCUUUACUUUCCCUUUCUGAUCUUCUGAUCUUUUUGGUUUCUUUUGGCCUCUUUGCCUUCCAAACGAUGAAUGGAAUUUUGUCUCUUUGGUGCGGUGGUCGCGUUGGAUUAAUGGAUAUUUGCUUCUAUCGGUAAUUCUCAAAUGGAUAUUUGCUUCUAUCGGUAAUUCUCAAAAGUGUAAAAUGGCGUCUACAAAGCAUAAACGAUAUCGUUUGGGUGUUUUGCGCAUGCGAUAAAUGGGCAAUUGAGCCAGCCAGUCCAACAAAGGACAAUAAAUUUAUCCGUGUAGCGGUCAAAGUGAAUGAACACUGAUGCAGUGAAGAAUUAAGAUUAUAUAAUUAGAUAUUCUCGAAAAGAGCAGACAAAAAAUUUUUUUUGUUGGCUUGCAAACAAAGGAUACCCAGAUGGACAUUUUUUAUGCAAUCCCAACACCAACUCCCCUUCUAUUUGGACUUUGCUAACAAGACAAUCUUUGGAGUGGAAGAAAGAGAUGGCCACAUCUACUGGAGGUGGUGUUGGUGGAGGAGGAGCUCUGGAUAAAGAGGCUGGGAGGGCUCAUGUUGCCAUGGCGAUGGUGCAGCUAUUCAAUGGAGGAUAUCAUGUUAUUACCAAAGUGGCUCUUAAUGUUGGGGUCAAUCAGCUCGUUUUCUGUGCCUUUCGUGACCUGCUAGCUCUCUCAAUUCUCGCCCCCACGGCCUAUAUCCGUGAAAAAAGAAUUCGACCUCCUAUGACAAAACGCCUACUCUUCUCAUUCUUCUUCCUUGGGUUAACAGGGAUAUUUGGCAAUCAGCUAUUAUUUCUUAUUGGUCUUAGCUACACAAAUCCAACUUAUGCUGCAGCAAUACAGCCUUCAAUCCCAGUUUUUACAUUUAUAUUGGCUGUGAUGAUAGGUACAGAAAGAGUGAAUUUGCUAAAAACUGAAGGUCAAGUAAAGGUUGGGGGUACCCUUGUAUGUGUUUCUGGUGCAAUAUUGAUGGUUCUGUUUCGAGGUCCAGCUCUCUUUGGCCACAGUGAUGUAGAUUCUAUGGCUAGUGAAAUAAGUGCCAGGGGUCAGCCAGAGCCUGUCGGAUGGUUUUUCUCCAUGUUACUAAAUGUAGGACUGGAAGGUUGGCACCUUGGAGUUUUAUGCUUAAUUGGGAAUUGUAUGUGCAUGGCUACUUUUCUAGCUAUCCAGGCUCCAGUUCUUACAAAAUAUCCUGCCAACAUUUCAGUCACAGCAUAUUCAUAUGCAUUUGGAGCUCUCUUGAUAGUACUGACAGCAGGCUUUAUGACCAAUGGAACAAAAGAGUGGAGUCUGACACAGUCUGAGCUUUGGGCAGUCGUGUAUGCUGGAAUCGUUGCUUCUGCCCUUAAUUAUGGACUCAUUACAUGGUCUAAUAAGAUCUUGGGACCUGCUUUGGUUUCACUUUACAAUCCACUUCAACCUGCAGCUUCUGCCUUACUAUCAAAAAUUUUUCUUGGAAGCCCCAUUUAUUUGGGAAGCAUCUUGGGAGGAUGCCUGAUCAUUGGUGGUCUUUAUAUGGUAACUUGGGCGUCCUAUAGAGAAAGACAGGCAAUUGCUGGGAGCAUUCCUCAUGUUCAUUCCCGGGAUUCCGAACCACUCAUUCACAAAGAUCCAUCCAUUAACAAGGGUUCAUACCAGAGGGAACACAUGUCCUCAGGCCCCUCCUUGCCAAAAUCCAUAGAUAAAGCAGGCAAACAAUGAUGAAAUAUUUAGUUGUGUACAGUUAUUGUUUUUAAAAUCACCGAUUUCGUGAUCAAAUAACUACUUCAUGUAUUAUGUUCCCUUUAUUCAUUAUAUAUACAUCUCCUACAGAAGUCAGAGCAGGACAUAAUAUUCUGCACUUGCUUUAAGCUGGAUGUGCUUUUCUCCUUUGAUCCAAGAAAUGAAACUGAAAAGGAAAAGAAACUCUGUUUUUAUGGGUU